ACUUGGCUAUGCACGUGACCUCUUUAUCGAGGACGCCUUCGUUUUCAGUCCAUACAUUUUAUACAACGGAACUGUAUCAUAAGGCUUGGGGUGCUCAUGCAUCGGAACCAUAGACGUUUACGGAUCAUUUUUCAGGCCCGGCACCUAUGGUGUCACGAUGAAUCAAAUCUUCAACGCCCUCACCAUCAUAGGACUGGUGUACGUCCUAGUGAAGUUCCUACGUUGGUAUUUUGGCAAAGCGAGGCGAAUUAUACAGUUGACCUCUGACAUCCAAGCGCCAUCAAGGAAUUGGUUCUGGGGCUCCCUGCAUCAACAUCCCGGUCUUUCUGAAAAAACGCUGACGUGGUACGAAGAUUUGUCCAAAAAGUACGGAGAUAUUUACAAGAUAUGGUUUGGACCUUUCUUACCCCAGAUUCAUAUUGCAAGUCCGGAGCUAGCCAAAGUUAUUCUGAGGACGGCGGAGCCGAAGCCGCUGGAUAUUCCAGGUUACGGCGUGGUCCAGCCGUGGAUUGGCACUGGCCUCUUGCUGAGUGAUGGAGACCUCUGGCAUAGAAACCGCCAUCUUCUGACCCCAGCCUUCCACUUCGACAUGCUGAAGACGUACUCCGAUGUCUUUAGCCGCUCUACGGAGAGCCUUAUUAGUGUCUUCGACUCGUUGGAGGAGAGAGGUGACAGUUUUGACAUCUUCAAACCAAUGGGGCUAAUGACCUUGGAUACUGUCCUUCAGUGUGUCUGCUCAUUCUACGGAGACAUCCAGCAUCUUGGAGAAAACCACAGGAUUGUAAAACUAACCCAUGAUGCUUUAACAUUGGCGAUUCAAAGAGGACUGACGCCGUAUCUUUGGCCUGAUAUGAUUUUUUACAUGACACCAACAGGAAUGCGCUUUAAGACUGCCUGUCGACAGUUUCAGGCAUUCAAUCGAGAUAUCAUCCAGAGACGUAGAGUGGAAUUGGAUGAAAAUCCAGAUUUUAAAGAAAGGCACAGGGAUUUUCUUGACCUGCUUCUGGUUGCCAGGGACGAGGAUGGUCAAGGGUUGAAAGAUGAAGAAAUCGAGGCUGAGGUAAACACAUUCAUGUUCGCCGGCCAUGACACUACAUCCAGCACACUCUCGUGGGCAUUAUACGCUCUAGCCGAACACCAAGACUUUCAAGAGACAUGCAGGAGGGAAAUUCGCGAGAUACUAAAAGAUCGUGACUCGGACGAAAUCCAGUUUGAUGAUCUUCCGAAACUUACACACGUGAUCAUGGGGAUAAAGGAAACCUUGCGCUACUUCGGGACGGUGCCUAUGAUAUCACGAAAACUCACCCGGGACAUUCAAGUCGGGGAUCACCUCCUCCCUAGCGGAGUGGACGUCAACAUCAUGCUGUUUUUAAUCCACAGACAUCCCAGCGUGUGGGAGAAGCCGGACGAAUUCAUCCCUGAGAGAUUCAGCGCUGACAACGCCGUCAAUCGUGACCCGUUCGCAUUCGUUCCAUUUUCGGCUGGGCCUAGGAAUUGCAUCGGACAGAACUUCGCCAUGAAUCUGAUGAAGGUGACUCUGGCUCGGAUUCUGAAUCGGUACAUCGUCACUUACGAUGCGACUCACCCGAUUGUGAAAGUACCCGAAGCAGUCCUAAGGACCAAGAGCGGUCUCUGGUUGAAGCUAGAGCGAACUUAAUUACAAGUACAGUGUACUGGUCGACCUGUUGUAUCCUGGACCACCAUUUUAAGGUCGUCUACACGCUCCUAGCCAGUUCACUUGCCUGGAGUAGGAGUGACUGAUCGACCAUGCGCUUAAUAACAGCUUAUAUGAAAGUAUCACAACUUGUUCUUUGCCAGUCAUUUUUUUAUGAAAUAGAAAAUGAUUGGAGAGAUGAACGAUCAAAUCAUUAAACCUUUUAAAAAUCAUACAGGUAGCUCCGGUUUUAUACACUUGGUCAGGAUCUCGAAAAUGAUGGAAACGGACAUGUUUACAUGGAAGUCCAUGCAGCAAGGUCUCUGUAAUCACGGACACGGACUCGUUUACAUGUAUAGAAGUCCGUGCUGAAAUCAAUGACGAAUCCUCAAAGAAACUGGGGGAAUGAAACGAUGUUUAUCAUAUAGAUCUUAACAUUUUAGGAAUCGCUCAGGAAUCCGCCGGGAAGUAAAAUGGCUUUAUAAUGAAAACGGCGGGUGGUAGCCAACGGGGUAGGUUGGUAGUUGAUCCCAGCUAUCAAAGCCUGCUACUGCACCCAAUAUGAAUAAUUCCUGUUUGUAUCAAUGUUUUGGUGAUAACAUCUUAGGGUCCAUGAACAGGCCACCAUUUUAAGGUUUUUCAUACUUAUACAGACCUGAUAAAUAAAGCUUGCCUUAAUUGAG